AUGCAGACUGCUUCUACAAACAUUUGUGAAAGACUGUGCAAUAAGUCCAUCCGUUAAAUUUCCUUGCUGUUAAAUAUUCCACAGUCAGCUGUUAGUGGUAUUAUAACAAAGUGGAAGCAACUGGGAACAACAGUAACUCAGCCACGAAGUAUUAGGCCACGUAAAAUGACAGAGCAGGGUCAGCGCAUGCUGAAGCGCACAGUGCGCAGAAGUCGCCAACUGUCUGCAGAAUCAGUAGCUAAAGACCUCCAAACUAAGUGUGGCCUUCAGAUUAGUACAACAACAGUGUGUAGAGAGCUUUAUGGAGUUGAUGCAGCUGCAUCCAAGCCUUACAUCACCAAGUGCAAUGCAAAGUGUCGGAUGUAGUGGUGUAAAGCACACCGCCACUGGACUCUAG